AUGAGGGAUAACGCGCAGGGGCCCCUCCUCACAGAGCAUCCACAAGACAAUGCAGCUGCCCCCAUAGGAGGAUGGGCCCCUGGUGGACUUCCCCAAGGCGGCGAAUCGGUAAAAUCCGGGGGCCCCCUCAGUUGCACUGGACGGUCCGCCCUGUUGCCUUCACAGCAGCGCGCCAAGGAGCUGGUGUUACGGGCAGCAGCUACUGCCGCUGGGAGCACGCGAACUCUCAGGCUAUGCGUCUGUGGGCCCCCCUCUGCUGCAGCCGACCUUGCCGUCUACGAAUCCGUAGCAGUGCUUAAUAGAACGACCCUAGGGGAGCUUAUGGGGGCCCUUCAGGGGGCCUCUUCUAAUGCGACGGUUUCUCAGCGCAGCCCCUCUGCCUUUGCCGGUGAGGCUCUAGGGGCCCCCGCUGCAGCCGCUAAGGCCCUCAAAUGGUUUGUUCGAGGUUCGGGGGCACUUACCCACAUUUACUGCCCGGCCAUGGGAGCCUUGGAGAGGCGGUCUGAGGCUCGCCAGCUGCUGCAUCUGCUCAUUGAAAGGGGUGCCAACGUGACCUCUUGUGCUUCAAACCGCAGCAAAUCCGCAUCGGGAGCAGCUGCUGCACACCGGCAGCACCAACAAGUGUCUGCACAGAGUCUCAUGGGGUUUAAGGGGGGCCCCCAGAGACCCCCUGCGGCUCAUACAUUUCUCCUCGAGGAACCAGAAACUUUCUCGUGGGGUCAGCAACGCCAUGUUACACGGCUCAUGGAGGCUGCAGGAGUGGGGUGGAUCGCUAUCUGCAGGGCCCCCCACCGCCUUUGCCCUGCAUUGAGAGACAGCAGUUGCUGCAUCCGCUUCCCUCGACCCUCCUCUGGGGAACUCGGGCUGUAUCUACAUUUCUGUGCCACAGCCAGGGCGGCGUCUGCGGCAGAAUCCAGCUCUGCUCCCCCCGUUGGCUAUUUCGUCGCGCUGGCCAAGGCUGCCGGCUGCGAACUGCUGGCUGCUAUCCAGCUUGCCCGCCGUGCAGCCUCCAGCAAAUUCCCUCCGCUUCGCCAUUUGUACCAAGAUGCUCAUCCACAGCAACAAAGCCGAGAGCAAACUCACCAGCGAGAGCCUCGCGCGCAGCAGCAGAUGGAGGGGGUUGAGGAGAAUGGUCAGCAAGAAGAAACGAAAGGAGGUCGGAUGCUGGCUACUUCUGAGGAUGGCAUCUUUUUUGCAGGUGCCCCUGCCAUCUCCCUUGUCUGUGGGCCUCUACGCAAAGUUCACCGAAUCCUCUCUCGGAAGCCUGCGAACCCCAAGACGCAGUUGACUGACUUUCCUGCAGGAGGAAUUCCAGCAGUGCGUGCUAGCGAAAAGUUGCGGGGCCUAAGGAAUGCUUACGGGUAUGGGGACGCUUGCAUGCAGCUACUGCGUGGCCGUCUGUGUGCUGAGAGACCUGAAGACGCAGAUUAUCACGCCGAGCUCACGCAUCUCUUGGCAGCUUGUGUAAGUCUGCUCGCCUCUGCGGGUAUCUCUGUGGGUGCUGCUGCCUUGCCGCAGUCGGUGCAGCUCCGCGAGGGAUUUCUAGCAGCAGGCUUCCAACCCGCGCUUGAUUUGCUGAACAAUGAGAUUCUUCGCCUACGGGAAAAGCGGGAGCAGGACAGGGCACAAGAGGACACCAAAGCGGUAGACCAGCUUUCUGGUGGGCUAGGAAAACACUCACCUGAAGCCGUGAUACCAGAACCAUCCCUUCCUUCUCGCGAACAAUCAGAAGGUCCCUCCUCCUUGAGUGAGGAGGAGGGACCCUCAGGGCUGCCCAUGGAAGCGGGGACUGAGGCAGACAACAGUCACUCCUUCCAGCUCUUUGAUCCCGACGAAUAA